UACAUGUAUACAACGUAAUGCUUCGAUCUCCCAACGCACGUAGACCACGCCUCCUCACAAACUUUCUCGGAGUCUCAAGAUGGCCUCCGCUGUUGCGAACCUCCACUCCGGCAACAAUGCGCGCUUCAACGCUGAAGCUCUUUCGUGGGACUCAAGGCCGUUCGUGCACGAAGCAUCAGCAGGAGCAGCAAGAGCCGUCAGAACAUGCUUAGACGAGCUGCAGGCACCAGAGAAGGGUUAUGAGGUCCUUGAGAUCGGAUGCGGCACGGGCAUCUUGUCCUUCCUGCUCGCGAGAGACAAGAGGGUGAGAAGGAUGGUGGCCGUCGAUGCAGCCGAAGGCAUGAUCAACGUGCUGAAGACGAAGGUCGAGAAGGACAAGGAGGUAGGUGACAAGAUUGUUCCUCUGGCAAUACUGCUACAAGAUCCAGAAGAUGCCGCACUGCCAUCAGCAGCGACUGGGAAUGGAAGACAAAAGUUUGACCUCAUUACGAGCCAUCUCGUGCUCCACCACAUCCCAGAUCUCAAGUCUGUGCUCGAGACGAUGUACGGAUGUCUUGCGCCUGGUGGCUGUGUGAUGCUUACGGACUUCGAAAAUGUUUCAUCAGAAUCCAAGCGAUUCCACCCUGCGAGCAAACUGGAUGGGGUUGCAAGACAUGGGAUCAAUGCGAAAGAAAUGGGCGCGCUGAUGAAGAGUGUUGGGUUUCAGAAUGUCGAUGUACGAGCUCACUGGACCAUGGACAAGAUUGUGGAGAAGUAUGAGGGAGAAUUUGGAAAAGAAGAUGAUGGUGCAAAGACAGCGCAAGAGCUUGGCAAGCUCGGCGAGACCAUGCAGUUCCCAUUCGUGCUGUGCUAUGGGAUGAAGGGAUAGCAUAGGUGUGCAGUAGAAUGAGACGUAGAUAACCGGCUUGGCGCUUCGAGAGGGCUACGCUAACUCGCUGCGACAUAC